AUGGGGCUGACGCUAAGAGUAGCACUGCUGCUCUGCCCAUGGGUAGUGCAGCUGCUAAUCCAGCACACCCUCGCCAAUGUCAUCGUGGCAGAUGAGGGGAAGAAGGAGCAGGACGAUGUACACAAAAUUAUAAGUGAGUUACGGUUCCUGCAAAAAGUAGAAACCAUAUUGGAGAACAGCAACAUGAGCAUUUCAGAUGUGGAGGCAGAUGUGAAUGCAUACAAUCCCGAUAAGGAUGCGCCGAGGGAAGAGUUGGAAAAGCUCCAACAGCAGCAGGUGGAGCAGCAGCAGGGGGAGGGGGAGCAGGAGCAGCAUGAGAAAGAACCUAGUCACUUACGUAAGAACCCACAAGGACAUGCUGAAAAGAGCGAGUCACCAAUAACAAAAAAAAAAGCGUUACGAUUAAUCGUGAGUGAAAACCAUGCCACAAGUCCCUCCUUCUUUGAGGAGUCUUUACUUCAAGAAGAGGUGAUGAGUUUUAUUCAGAGUAAAGGAAAAUUAUCUAAUUUAAAAAAUUUGAGGUCCAUAAUAAUCGACCUGAAUGAGGACAUGACGGAUGAGGAGUUGGCAGAGUAUAUUAGCAUGUUGGAGAGGAAAGGGGCCCUCAUCGAAUCAGACAAGUUGGUUGGAGCAGACGACAUCAGCGUUGCAUCUAUAAAAGAUGCAGUUAGGCGUGGACAGAAUCGCUUAUUUUUCGACACACGUGAGAGUAACAUGUUGGAGGUGCAGGAUGGCCACCAGGCAUAUAAUGGCAGCGAUAGGACUGGAGACACCCGCACCAACAGCAGCAGCCAUGGUUACUACGACGAUGACGAUAAUGAUGGGUUCCUGUCCGAGGGGUCCAUACACACAGAGGCGUACCUCGGAGGGAAGAGAAAAACGAAGAGCUACAAAUUCAACGACGAGUAUAGGAACCUGCAGUGGGGAUUAGACCUGGCAAGGCUAGAUGAAACACAGGAUCUUAUAAAUGCAAAUCGAGUUAGCGUGACAAAGAUAUGUGUUAUAGACAGUGGAAUAGAUUACAAUCAUCCUGACUUGAGGAACAACAUCGAUUUGAAUCUGAAGGAGUUACAUGGAAGAGGAGGAGUAGACGAUGACAAUAAUGGACUCGUGGAUGAUGUGUAUGGAGCUAACUUUGUAAAUAACAGUGGUGAUCCCAUGGACGAUAAUUAUCACGGAACCCAUGUGUCAGGAAUAAUUUCUGCUGUUGGUAAUAAUGGCAUAGGGAUAGUAGGAGUAGAUGGACACUCUAAGUUAAUUAUAUGUAAGGCACUGGAUCAACAUAAGUUAGGUCGAUUAGGGGAUAUGUUUAAAUGUAUCGAUUAUUGUAUUAGUAGACAGGCACAUAUGAUUAAUGGUAGUUUUUCAUUCGAUGAAUACAGUGGUAUUUUUAAUGCAUCUGUGGAGUAUUUACGCUCCUUGGGAAUUCUUUUUUUCGUUUCAGCAAGUAACUGUGCACAUGAUAAACACAGUAAGCCAGACAUCACCAAAUGUGAUCUUGCAGUUAAUUUUAGGUAUCCUCCUGUAUUGUCCACCUCACAUAAUAACAUCAUUGCUGUUGCAAAUUUGAAGAGAGACUUAGAUCAGACUUAUUCCUUAUCAGCGAAUUCUUUUUAUAGUAACAUUUAUUGCCAGCUAGCUGCCCCUGGAACAAAUAUAUAUUCUACUACCCCCUUGAAUAAUUAUCGAAAAUUGAAUGGCACUUCCAUGGCAUCUCCUCACGUCGCUGCAAUCGCUUCCAUCAUUAGGUCUAUUAACCCUAAUUUGACUUAUCUGCAAAUUGUGGAGAUAUUGAAGAAGGCCAUUGUGAAGCUACCGUCGCUCAAGGAGAAGGUUUCCUGGGGGGGCUACGUGGAUAUCCUGCGGGCCGUCAACCUCGCCAUCGAAUCCAAGGAGGCCCCCUACAUCAAGUCGCAGUCCUGGUUCAGGUGGAAGCAGCGCUCGAGAUGA